ACUGGCUAUACUGUUAUAAAAACUACCGAGGGAGCACUGCUGUUUGACUGAAGCUAGUCCUUGUGCAUUUCAGAUGAGCACAGAGACAGAAGAUGACUUUUAUCAGUCAGAGGACGACUUGGAUGAAGACGAGGCAACGCAAUAUAUAAUUGAACAAAGUCUGAUUCAAUAUAGAAAACUCAAAGGACUGAAUCCAAGUGAUCUGAAACCCAGUGAAGAUCCUGAUGAGAUCUUCAAAGCAAUUAAGGAGGGUGAUGAGGAUGCACUGAACAGACUGGCAGUGCAACCAGAGACUCUGUCCAGAGUUGAUGAACGAGGAUGGAUCCCCCUGCAUGAGGCUGCAGUGCAUCAGAAUAAAAGGGUGUUAGAGAUUAUAUUCUCAGCAUCACCACCUGGUGCAGCCCAGUGUCGCACUCUAAAGGGUGAGACGCCACUGUUUCUAGCCGUGGUCCACGGACUCAGAGACAAUGCUACAUUCCUGUUACAGAACGGUUGUAUCCCGGAUCUCCAGAAUGACGAGCAGGAUUCUCCGCUAGUGGCAGCUAUUCUGAAUGACCAGUAUGACCUUGCCACACUACUGAUUCGCUACAGUGCCAAAGUUGACCAAACAGGACCGCUAAACAGGACAGCUCUACAUGAGUGCGCUUUUUUAGGCUUGGAGAACUUUGUCUACCUGCUCCUAGAGUCUGGUGCCAACCCAAACGCAUGUGACAUCAAAAAGAAAACUCCCCUGGCUCUGGCUGCACAAAAUGGACAUUUAAAUGUGGUGGAGGUCCUAUUACAGAAAGGAGCCCAUGUGUGGUGUGAAUCUGAGUCGGGCACUAUUUUGUUUGAUGCAGCAGCAUCAGGAAACCCUGACAUAAUCUCCAUUCUGCUCGACCAUGGAGCAGAUCCCAACAUACCUCUUUACAGUGGCCACCUGCCAAUUCACCGUGUGGCAUACCAUGGACACAGACUGGCACUGGAGCACCUCAUCCCAGUGACUAAACUGGAAGCUGUAAAGGAAAGUGGGAUGAGUCCUCUCCAUUCUGCAGCUGCUGGGGGACAUGCCCAGUGUGUGGAGAUGCUGCUCAAAGCUGGCUACGAUCCAAACUUCAUGCUGCACCCAAGGGUGCGUCGCAACUAUGAUGAUGAGCGCAGGUCUGCCCUCUUUUUUGCUGUGUCCAACAAUGAUCUUCAGUGCACCCGCUUGCUGUUAGAAGCUGGGGCAAUGGUGAACCAGGAUCCUGUCAGCUGUUUGCAGGUGGCUCUUAGACAGGGCAACUAUGAACUGAUCAACACACUGCUGAAGUUUGGGGCAAAUGUAAACUACUACUCCCGUGUCAACACCACUCACUUCCCCUCAGCUCUGCAGUAUGCCUUGAGAGACGAGGUCAUGCUGAGAAUGAUUCUGAACCAUGGAUAUGAUGUCAAGCGCUGCUUUGACUGUCCGUAUGGUGACAGCUCUCAUGACUACCCUCCUUGGACGACCUCAGUCAUCAAAGACAUGGUGUUCUGUGAGGUGAUAACUGUGUCCUGGCUUAAGCACUUAUCAGCUCAGGUGGUACGCAUCAUGCUGGACUACACCGACCAUGUCUCCUUCUGCACCAAACUUAAGGAAACCUUGGAAGAGCUGAAACAGUGGCCAGAGAUCUGUCACAUCCAAAGGAAUGCACGGACCCUGAAACACCUGUGUCGGUUGCGGAUAAGGGAGCAUCUCAGUCGGCUGCGCUUGAGAGCCCCAGUUUUCAUCAACUUCCUUCCUCUUCCUCCCAGGCUGAAAGAUUACCUCCGCUACAAGGAGUUUGAUGUUUACAGCAGGGGCAGCAUGGUUAACCCCAUGUGAAUGCACAUUUACAGUUGUCAGAGAUACAGUGACACAGAUAGUCACUUGUUUGCCUUGUUCUUGUUUGUUUGUUUUAUGUACUUUAUGCCUUGUAAUAUUAUUUGUAUAAAAAACUAUGUACUUUUCAGUUCUCUAAAUAUCUACAGUGACAUGUAAAUGCAUUGUGUAAAAAUUUACUUUGUUUCAGUGACUCCUGUGGUUAAAUGGGUCUUUAAGAAAGUGAAAAAAAAUAAUCAAGAGUCUUAAUUAUUGUAAUUACUCAAUUUUGGAAUGUGA